GCAUUUUUAAUAAUGAUUAACCAAACAAAAUUAAUUGUGUAUUAAAUUUUUAAAACAUUUGUCAAAAAUGUAAUAAAUAUGUUUCUUGUAAACCUCUUAAGGUUUCUGCGUCGACGACUAGUUUUAGGAAUCAUAUUCGCAUUUUCUUUGAUCUACUGUGUUGUCAAUUUAAUACAAGAGCCAGGAGCUACCAGUAAUGUCGAUGUUGAAAUUAAAAGACAGUAUCCGUUUGUUUGGAGAGUUGACGAGGUGAUCAAUUCCAAUUCUUCUGACCUGUCGUUGGUUUGUAGAAAUUCUGUACAAGGGAGGUAUCUUAUAGUGGAUGAUAGAGGUGUGGUUUGCCAGCGUUCAGAUUUACUCCCAAACAACUGCUGCGCCUCAGGGCUCCAAUACAACUGUGAAUCCUGCAACAAGAACCACUGCUGUGCAAUAUACGAGUUCUGUGUAUCCUGCUGCCUUCGUCCCGAAAAGAAACAAAUCCUGGAAAAGAUCUUCCAGAAGGCUUCAGACCGUCACAGCGCAGUAUUAGCUUCGGUUAGAGACCAGUAUGAAUUGUGUCUCACCAAAUGCAGGACCAGUUCAUCGAGUGUGAAAUUUGAGAAUACUUAUCGUAAUCCAAGGUUGAAACAUUGUUAUGCUGAUGAGGAAUUGAGUUAGGAGGAUAAUAGAGGUUUUAGAUAACAUGCUAUGUACCAAAUUUAUAUUUUAUCUAGUUUUAAG